AUGGACUCGCUUGUCUCGCACUCACUCGAAAGGUCCCCUCUAGAGGAGCUCUCCUCACCUCUCCUCACUAGACUACCUCAUCCUCCACCACCGAUCAGCAGUUUCAAGAGGCUCAGCCGAUCGAGUCGAGCAAGGAGAUCAUCUCUCUCCUCCUCAAUAGAUGGGGAAUCUAUGGCCCAAACCAACGAGUGCAUAGAUCUUCGGAAGGAGUUGGUGGGUGAGAGGGAAGGGAGGCAACGGGCGGAGUCGCUGGUAAGGCAGUUGAAGACGCAACUGAGAGAAUCCAAAGGGAAAAAAAUUUCAAGUGAUGAAAAGGAUAAGAAAAUCGAUAGGUUGGUCCGUCGAUUAUCUGUGGUAGUAACAGAAUUAGGGGAGGUUCGGAAGCAAGCUGAAGGGAAGGAGGCGACGCAGGAGAACGCUCGCAAGGAGAUAGCCAAUGUAAAGCAAGUUGCAGCUCGAGAGCGAUCUCAACAAUUGCAAGCACUCGCUGACCUACGGCACGCCUCUACAGAGAGGAUCGCUGAGCUCACUGCAAAGUGUGGGAAGUUGGAGGAGGCUGUAGCUGACGAGGAAGGGCGCAAGGAGGAAAUUGAAAAGCAGCGUGAGCGAAUCGUCGCGAUGGAGAUUGUCAUUGAAAGUUUGACGCAAGAAGGGAAGGAGCAGAUGGAGGCCAACCGCUUGCUGCGGCAAAAUAUGCAAAUUUUAGAGGAGAAAUUAAGUACAGUUGAGGAGGAAAAGAAAAAGGAGAUUAACGUGGUGAAGUCGCAAGAAGCGGAGCGAACGAAUGAGCUGCUCGAGCGUAUUGGAGUCAUGGAAGGAGAGCUGGAGGAGAGGGAGGGUCGCUUUAGAGUUAACGAGGAGGAAGUGAAGACGGCGAAGGAAGAGGUGGAUGAGAUGAAAAUUGAACUGGAUAAGGUGUAUGCGGAAUUGUCGGUACUGAGGCGACAAGUGGAGUUAGAGGAAAAAAGGAGGGUAGCAGUAGAGGAGCGGUAUGAGAAAUUGAAGGCUGCUGAGAUGAAGAGGUUGGGAGAGGUGUCAUCACUCAAGUUGGAGUUGGUGGAAGUUCGGGAAGCUCUAGCGCUGUCGGAGGCUAAGACAGAGAGUCUCGCGAGGGAGCUGGAGGAUGCAGCCCGCGAUGGUAGUGAUGACCACGACCACGCGAUAACACCGAUGGAGAUGAUAAUUGAUGAUAAGGAGGAAGAAGAGGAGGAAGCUCUCGUAGAGCCCGUUGCCUUUGCUCGCAUGGAUUCCCCUAGGACCCCUGGGGUUGGGGUUAGCAGUAGUGUGAAGAGGAGGAGGCGGCUGAGGAGAGUCUCGGCUCCACUGCUGGAUGCGGCAGUUGGGAACUAUAAUAAUAAUCUUAUUGCUGAAUUGAAGGGAGAGGUAACCGACAUCACGGCACAGCUCAUGAAGACGAUCGGGCAGCUUCGGGCGAGUGAGGAGGGGAGAGAUUCAGUUGAAGCGAAGUUGGAGAGGGUGGAAAUGGAGUUGGCCGAGGAAAGGGAGAGAAUUGAGGAAAUGAAGGGAGAAGUGAAUACCAAAACUAGAGAACUUGCAUCGCUCCGCUCAACGGUGCUCGAUACGGAGUCCACCGCAGCCCGGGAGGCAGCAAAGACGGGCGUUGCUCAGCAGGAGGCGACGGAGAAGAUACGUAUGUUGGAGAUUCGCCUCACUAUGCAGGAUCAGACUUUGGCUGCUAUGGCCGAACAGUGCGACAAGUGGAGACUACAAAGCGAGCAUUCACAAUCACAAGUUUCCGCCAGGGAGUUGGAGCUGAACUCUAUGGGGGUUUCGCUGAAGGAGUGGAAGAGUCGAGCGGCGGAGCUCUCGGAAGAUCUCGCCACCGCUGGGGACUCAUUGGUUAACGCUGAGACUAACAUGCUUGAUUUACAGUUCAAAGUGUCCUAUUACGAGACCCUCCAGUGUCAGCAGGAGGCAGCUGUGGUUGUGGCCAGGGCGUGUGUUGUUGGUGUGUUGAGAGCUGCUGAGAAGGAGAGGGCUCGAGAGGCUGCAUCUAGUGCGGAACUACUCCGAUUAGCCGAAUGUGAGGCGGCCCGGGUGAAGGAGGAAGCUGCUGAGCUGGUGGUCGCGGUGGAGGGUAUGCGGCGUGAAAAGGAGGAGGUGGAGGGGCUUAGAGAGCUGAUGUUAAUCGAAGAAGUGUCGAGACUUGAGAUUUGUAUGAAGGAAUACAACAAAGUGAAGGUGGACUUGGACGCAGAAUUGGAAAAGGCGAUGGGGAAGAUUGCUGAGCUUGAGGCUGAGAUAGAGAUACUCCGAACAACGGGUCUGUGUGCUGAGCAGCGUCAAGUGCUUGAGAGAGAAAUUGAAGAGACGAACAGGACACUGCAAGAGGCCCUAGGGGAUCUGUCUUCCACUCGAGCUGAUCUUGAGAGUGCUACUGAGGAGGUUGGCCGGUGCCACAAGAUGAUGGAGCACUUUGAGAUGAAGGUUAUCACCGCGGCGGAUUCGGGAGGGAGGCAGCUCCCACAGAGCAAGAGGGUCCAUUACGUUCAGCAUCUGAGACGUGAAAUCAACAGUUUAUAUGAAGAAAACAAACGCCUGAGGAAUGAGAGGCAGAAUUUUGAGGCUCAGCUCUUAAUGAGUACACGCCGGUCAUCAACUGGGCAAGGAGUCCCAUCUCCAGCGGCAUGUAACUCACACACUCCUGGGCGAACACCUCGUAAAGGACCUAUCCCACCCCGUACGCCUAGGACGCCAAUGGGAAUGGCCGCCGCUGAGUUGGCAAGACGGAAGAAGAAGACUGAGGAGGCGAAGGUUAAUGAAAGGCAUAGACAGCGAUUGCUCUCCGAACGCCUUAUGCUUCUCGGUCGAGUACGCGGUGCCUUGAAAAAGUCUGACGCUUCUUCUCAAAGUCUACGGACUCUCCUGGAGAACAUUCAUGACAUUCUUGCCGCAAAGGAUGCUACAUUAUCGUAGUUGACAAUAUUAGGACGUUUCUAGAGUUGAACCGUAUAUCUGUCUGAUAUGUAGCAUGUAGUUUCAUUAUAUCGCAGCACGUGAAAAUGCAGAGAAAAUUCCGCGGCCGGGAAUUGAACCCGGGUCUCCUGCGUGACAGGCAGGAAUACUCACCACUAUACUACCGCGGACUUAUGAUUAUUAUGUAAUUUUUUAUGUGUAGUGGUCCAACUGUAAAUUACCAACUUGCUCAUUACAACUCACUUCCAUGCUGGAUACAAUUA